UCCUGAGCUCUUGCUCCUGCGUUAAAAUGGCGGCGGCCGUGAAAGCCGGCUGCCUGGCGGGGAGGCGGCUCCUUUGGGCCUUGCCGGGCCACCUCAUCGCGCGGGGCUCGGGGAAACGGUCUCUUCAUCUUGGGAGAUGCCGCUUCAGAGCUACCAAGUUAGCCCCCCAAAUUGCCCUAAAUGUUCCUGAAACAAAGGUAUCUUCUCUUGAAAAUGGUCUGAGAGUAGCCUCGGAAGAUUCUGGUCUUUCAACAUGCACAGUGGGACUUUGGAUCGACGCUGGAAGCAGAUAUGAAAAUGAAAAAAACAAUGGAACAGCUCAUUUCCUGGAGCAUAUGGCUUUUAAGGGAACAAAAAAAAGGUCGCAGUUGGACCUAGAACUUGAAAUUGAAAACAUGGGAGCUCACCUUAAUGCUUAUACAUCAAGAGAACAAACUGUGUAUUAUGCGAAGGCUUUCUCAAAAGACUUACCAAGAGCUGUGGAGAUUCUUGCUGACAUCAUACAGAAUAGCACACUGGGGGAGGCAGAGAUUGAGCGGGAGCGAGGAGUCAUCCUCCGAGAAAUGCAGGAAGUUGAGACCAAUUUACAGGAAGUUGUUUUUGAUUAUCUUCAUGCCACAGCUUAUCAAGACACAUCACUCGGACGAACCAUCUUAGGACCCACAGAAAACAUAAAGUCUAUUAACCGCAAUGAUUUGGUGGAAUAUAUUACAACACAUUAUAAAGGACCCCGGAUGGUACUUGCUGCUGCUGGAGGAGUUGCUCACGAUGAGCUGCUUGAACUAGCGAAGUACCAUUUUGGUAACUUGCCGUCUAUUGUGAAAGAAGGAGCACCAGCCUUGCCUCCUUGUCGGUUCACAGGCAGUGAAAUUCGAGUGCAAGAUGAUAAAAUGCCUUUGGCACAUAUUGCAAUUGCUGUUGAAGCUGCUGGCUGGUGUCACCCAGACACUAUUCCUCUGAUGGUGGCAAAUACUCUGAUUGGCAACUGGGAUCGUUCUUUUGGCAGUGGUGUGAAUCUGUCCAGUAAACUUGCUCAAGUUGUGUGCCAUGGCAACCUUUGUCAUAGUUUCCAGUCCUUCAAUACCUGUUACACAGAUACUGGACUCUGGGGUGUCUACAUGGUUUGUGAGGGCUCCACCAUGGAGGAAAUGAUGCACUUCGUUCAGAAAGAAUGGGUUCGACUAUGCACUAGUGUUACUGAAAGUGAGGUAGCACGUGCUAAGAAUCUUCUAAAAACCAACAUGCUCCUACAAUUGGAUGGGUCCACUCCUAUUUGUGAAGACAUUGGACGACAAAUGCUGUGUUACAAUCGUCGAAUCCCAAUUCCUGAACUUGAAGCAAGAAUUGAAGCAAUUGAUGCUCAGAUUAUCAGAGAUGUCUGCACAAAGUAUAUCUAUGAUAAGUGCCCUGCAAUUGCAGCUGUAGGGCCACUUGAAAAACUGCCUGAUUACAACAGACUCCGUAGCAGCAUGAACUGGCCUUGAGUUUGACCUUUAUCAAAAAUCUAUCUUGGAGGCUUAAUGGAUGCUUUGGGGAGAUUUUGAUAGCUCUCUAAACUUCUAAGACAAGCAAAUUGAUUUUUCCCCUCAACUAAAGCCUACUUGUGAAGUUCCACAUCAAACAGAGUAUGCUAUCUAUGUGGAAGAUGAUAAGCAUUUAGAACUGUACAAGACACAGCUGAACAUGACAUUUGGUUUUCAGUUCUGAUAGUCCUAAUGCCUUUUGAAAUAAGAUUGAAGUUCAUUUGCUAUUGCAGGCACAAAUAACUAUAUAAUCAACUAAAAAAAGAAGUCAUGCUCUGUAUUUGUAUUUUUAUUAUAAAACAAAACACUUAUUGAUUGUCA